AGAUUGUAAUCUAAUCAAUUUCAUAAUAUCUAAUAAUAAUAAUAUGCUGCGCUCGUUUCACUGAUAAUGAGCAUGGCUAAUUUGAUAAAUUAACCACACAAAUGGAAAAGCUGAUUAGUUCACGCCGGGAACCAACUUGACAAGUUGACACGCGCAUUAGUUUUUAAUUGAUACAAACAAGAAUGAACAUGUUUAAAUCCAAAUCCUUUGAUCUGAACAAUGAGGAAAACACAAAACGAACGGAGCAUCUCUAUCAACCGCGUCGCAUACGUUGGAUGAAAUAUAUUGUGAUUCCAUUGACCAUAGCCUUUGUUUUGCUCUUGAUCGUCUGCAACAUAGACUUUUCGUCUGAGCAAUCACAAACAAAUACCAGCCUUGUGGAGUCUGCCAAAUGGUGCACAGCUGACAAUAGUUGCGAUAAAAACGUGAGCAAUUUACUAAUGAAUACAAAUUGGAAGGAUUCUCUACUGCUUCGACUUGAGAACUACAACUUUCCAGAAGGAAUUAUUUCCAGCGAGGUUUUGACAACUGAAUACAGCUUACAGAGCUUAGAGGUUAUCAAUUGCUCCGUAAACUAUAUUAUGGAUGAUGUAUUCAAUCAACCCAAUCUACGCAGCCUGCUUGAAAUGGAGCUAGUUAACACGGAACUCAAAAAUUUAACAAAAAGCACAUUUCAAGGACUUGAAGAGCUUCGCAAUUUUACGCUAAUCAAUGUGAGGACAUCAAUGCAUUGCGAAAGUUUCAUGACGCCCCUCGCCAACAAUCUCACGGCAGCAACAAUUCACCAGCUGUACAGUGGUCAUUCGAUUUACAAACCAAGCGACUUCUUUGGCAUUGCAAUCUACACCAGUUUAAAAAGCUUGGAUCUUAAAGGAAAUAAUUUCGGGGAAAUACUGGAAACUGGUUGGUUUAAUAAUAUGCCAGCUCUUAAAUCGUUAAGCUUAGCUGAUUGUCGAUUUAACGGCAUUGAUUUCGACAUAAACGCAAACAGCUUUGGAAGACUAAAGUUCUUAGAUCUCAGUGGAAACCAACUGCUUAGACUAAACGCUCAGAUUGUAACGAAUCCGAUGGACAAAAUUCUUCACUUGAAGCUCGCGAAAUACAGUAAGACUGCGACAACACUGACAGCAAGCACUGUAGCUGUUGCAAAACGUGCUAUUUUUGAGGAUUCUGUAACAAGUGCUUCUGAUGAAGACACACCUAAAUUUCAGAGCAAGAGCACUUCAGGCUCAACUGUGCCCCUCGACACUACAACAGUGACUGCUGCGAUAGAUGAUACGCCGCCUUCAUCAGACACUAUGGAUAUCAAGUGCUUGAACACCGCUAAAGAUACCGUUAGCAACUUAUCGAUGAGCUGCAAUGCAGCAAUAACAAUUGUGGAUCAAGCUGAGACUACAAUUAACAUUAUUCUUACCCAAGUUGACUUUGAAGAUUGGGCUUUGGUUUACUUCUCCGAUGAGAAUGACAUCAAUUGUGUGGAGAAGGAAGACAAGAGUGUGCAAUUCACCGACAAUAUAUCGAUAACAGUGAACGAUCUGAGCUGCGCCACAUCCUACGUCUUCUGUUUGCUGCAAGACAACAAAACAUCGCCACUUAAUUGUCUAUCACAUCAUACGCUGCACUGCACAACGGUUGUGUCGAGAUCAUCCUGGUUUGAGGAGAACAGUGUGCUCAUUAUAAGUCUGGGCACUGUGGGAAUUUUGCUGUUUGUAGCACUCGGCGGAGGCGCCACAUACGCCAUUCUGUGGCAUCGUCCGAGUUGGCUGUGUGGCAGCAAACGCUUGAAGCGUGCGGCGCGGGAUUCACUCACAAUGCUGCUACUGCCGCAGAACUAUGAACACAAUAUAUACAGUGCGAUAAGAAAGGAGAAUGACGGCGAUGCGAUUGGCGAUUACAUGACGUACUACCGCCAUUUGGAGCAGACGAAACUCUACCAAACCGAGUCCAAUAAAUACAAUGUUCCGCCCCAAGAAAGCGCUCCCCCCGCCCCCAAUCCAAAAGGUCACACCUACGCAAGUUUUGAUUUAUACGAGGAACUAAUUUGAUCAUAGUAUAAAUACC